CAACUUUGGAUCUUGUUUGGUUGUUGACAUGCUGAAAACGCUUUGGGCUGGGAAGGCCGCUUUGAUGGCUGGACGCGAGCCCACCUUCGUGAAGAGUCAGUGACCUUGGAGGAGUCUAUCACCUGCGACAUGUCCGUGUCUUCCUCAAACAUUUUGUUGCCACCUACUGUGGACCAAGCAGUUCUCAGGGUCUGUAGAAACCCAGUAUUUGUUUAAUUAAAUGCGGAGGUACAGCAGCAUCCUGCUUGACUGGUUGCAGGUUUUCUCUUAGUCUGUUGACUAAGAAUACACCAAAUGUCACAUCUUUUCACCAGUGUAGAUUACUUCAUACCACACUGUCCAGGAGAGGACUGGAAGAAUUUUUUGAUGACCCAAAGAAUUGGGGGGAAGAAAAGGUGAAAUCUGGAGCUUCGUGGACCUGUCAGCAAUUAAGGAACAAAAGUAAUGAAGAUUUACAUAAACUUUGGUAUGUUCUCCUGAAAGAAAGAAACAUGCUCCUAACUCUAGAGCAGGAAGCUAAGCGGCAGAGGCUGCCAAUGCCAAGCCCGGAGCGCUUAGAAAAGGUUGUAGAUUCCAUGGAUGCAUUAGAUAAAGUUGUCCAGGAAAGGGAAGAUGCUCUCAGACUUCUUCAGACUGGUCAAGAAAAGCCUAGACCUGGUGCUUGGAGAAGAGACAUCUUUGGAAGAAUCAUCUGGCACAAGUUCAAGCAGUGGCCUAUACCUUGGUACCUAAAUAAAAGAUACAAUAGAAAACGAUUCUUUGCAAUGCCCUACGUGGAACGUUUUGUCAGAUUGAGAAUUGAGAAACAAGCUCGCAUCAAAGCAAGGAAGAUAAGUUUAGCACGAAAGAAAGAACAGUUUCUUCAGAAAAAGUUUCCACAUCUUUCUGAAGCCCAGAAGUCAACUGCUGCCUAAGACAUCUUAACCAUAAUUUACUAUUUUGUUUUUCUUGGAUUAUAUACAAAAGUAAAUACUAAGUGGUUUAUAAAUAACUUGUGUUUUUAGUCAAAGGACUAUCUACUGUUUUAAGAGUUAUUAUGGCAUGCUAAUUUUGGAAGUGGUCAAAAUCAGAUAAAAAGUUCAGAUUAAAUUUCCAUUUUAUAAAUUCUGUGUCUAAGCAGACUUUUAAUUAACUGCCUGCAUCUUAGAGUGGGAAAGUGAUACCAACUGCUAUAACAAAUAGGCAA